AUGGAGAACGUGUGUGAUGUUAAUCACUUGGAUGCUGACGUUCUUUUGCCUCCUCGUAAGCGUCUUCUUGCAGGAUUAAAAAAACAGAGCUCAGAUGGUGAUGCUGCCGCAUCUCCAUCUCUGGUUGUUGCUUCUUGUGUUACAGUUUCCGAGGCUGCUUCCUCUUCACCAUCUUCCUAUUCUGGUGAAUUUGAAGCCAGGCUUAAGAAUUUGUUGAAUUCUCAUCCCACUAACCCUAACCUUACUCCUGAUGAGGUUGUGGAGGCUUCAAAGGCUGUAGCAGUGGCUGCAGCUAAAGCUGCAAAGGCUGCAAGAGCCGCAGCUGAGGAAAAGGCCGAGAUAGCAGCGAAGGCAGUGGCAGCUGCCAAGAGAGCUUUGGAUUUGGUUGCCUCUUUCUCUGAAGAGGCAGCGAUUGGCAAGGAACGAAAUCCGAAGAAGAACAAGUUCAAGAAGCAUCUCCCAGUUCAUCUCUUGUACAAAAAAAACCAACCCAUUGAAAAUUGUGGGACGGACGAAGAAUUGGCCCGGAAGUUGCAUCGGGCCAUGAACAGUUCUCCUAGAAUCUCAAAAAAUUCUCCAAAUUCAGACUCAAAAGGCAGUAAACACAAAAGGUCUAAGAACUCUUCGAGUUUUGAAAUGACUGAGGUUUCUGAUUCCCGUGUGGUAAUUGGGCAGGAUUGCUUAUCUUUGAACAAUGGGCAUGCAGUGGUGGGUAAGGUUGAUUCUGAAGGCUCCGUUCAAGACGUGUGUUCAAGCAAGGAAGAUAAGAAGCGAUUCAGAUAUGAUAGAUCUAGCCAAAUGGAGGCAAUAGAUAAUGGGGAAGCAGAGUCAAGCCAGUCAAAGGAGAAAAAUUCAGAAGAUUUGUCUUCUAUAGGUAAGAAGAGAGGAAGGGUGAAGCUAAAGAAGUUGUCAUUAAGCAUUUGCACUUCCAAAGAUAGGGCACAGCCAAAGGAAUGUGUGAGAGCUAGAAGUGCUCCAUUGACUGAGAUGAAUGCAGGCAAUCACAUUGGUAAUAUACCGUUGUUUCCUUUGGAGUCAUCCACUGACAGAGUGAUGCAAAUUGAGGCCACAUCAACAUGCAAAUGCCAGGAGUUCAAGUCACCGGCAUGUAUCAAACAAAGUAAAGCUGUGCAAUCAUAA